UCAGCCGUGUCACCUUUCCCUCACCACCGCCAUCAUGAUCAACUCUUCCCAAGGCACGGCGUAUAACCCCGAGGCCGUGCAGUCCGCCUUGCGUAUCGCCAUCGAGCAAUUCCAACAACAGACCCUCGCCCUCUCCUCAUCGUCGACCAGCGCCAUCGCCUCCGAUCCGACCUCCCCCACCAGCAUCACGCCUGGGCCCGGCUAUUACCGCCACAGCCGGCACAGCAGCCUCGCGGUCCCGCAAAGCACCCGCCGCCGUAAGGUCAUUGCCUUCGAUCUCUAUGGCACCCUCCUCUCUACCGACUCCAUCGCACACGAGCUCGCCAAGCACUAUGGCGAGGAGGUCGCCCCGGGCAUUGCAACACUAUGGCGCCGAUUCCAGCUCGAGUACACCUGUCGCAUCACCAGCAUGGGCGAGUUCAAAAACUUCCAAGAGAUCACCCGCAGCGCCCUCGGUCACGCUCUCAUAGAGCACAGCGGCAUCAAACUGACAGCCAAAGCUGCCUCUGAACUGAUGCGUGCCUACGACUCGCUACAUGUGUUUCUCGAUGUCGAAUUGCUCAAGGACGCCAAGGAGGGCAAGACACUGGAGGAAGUCACAGAAGAGGGCGAAGGCGAAUACACCACCAGGAAAGAAGUUCCACCCCCGCAGUCGUUGGACGUAAGAGACAGCGCAGGCCGCAGCUCAUCGAGAUCAUCAGCCUCGUCAUCCUCUUCAUCAUCACUGCCCGAAAUUGACGCAUACAUCUUCACAAACGGCAAGUCCGAGAUGGCGAUGCGGUCCAUGGUCACCUCCCCCGAGCUGUCGCUCCAUACCAAGGCGUCGGAGCGCGGUCUGUUCAGUGAUCCGGGCAGUAUCGUGUCUGCAGACUCGGUACAAUGCUACAAGCCAGACCCGCGGUUGUACCAGCACCUUCUGGACGUCGCCGGUGUGCGCACAGAGCAGGACAAGCGCAAUGUCUGGGUCAUCAGCGCAAACCCGUUUGAUGUGGUUGGGGCCAAGGCGGCGGGGCUUCGGGCGGCGUGGAUCGACCGUGCCGGGAAAGGCUGGGUUGAUCGUCUUGACGAGAUGAGGGUCCCUUCAGUCACGGCGACGGGGGUGGGCGAGGCUAUCAAGGCAAUCUUAUCCUGGAAUUGAGCUUCUUCGAGUAGUAGCGGGAGAAGCAUUGAUUUUGGGGGGGGUUCGGUGAUUCUAGAACAAGGAAAAGAAGCACUUUCAUAAGAAGGAGAAGGUCGAUAUUCGUGGCGCAGUCUCGCGCCUCUCAAGAUACCACUUUGGGAAUGGACAGGACACAAACAGGAUACGGGAACACAAAACAGGAAGCUCUUUGGCAUGGAAGCGACAAGCUCUGUAAUAUUAAUUCGCAAAGGAAAAGACAUA